GAUCUUUUUUUUAGAAAAAUGUCGAUGAAAACACUUAGAGCAACACAACUAUGUUUUUUAGCCCCACUGUCAAAACAACAAGUUUCAUGUGUUUUGCUGGCGAGGCAAAAACUUACGAUUAUCUAGGACAAUACUCUGUAUUGUACUUUUCAAAUGUCUUAUUAACUAAUUAUUCAUGUUUUGCUUUUGAUAUAGAUUACAAACCAACGCGGUUUUUAAUGCCUCUGCAGUUCUGAAUUAUUUAGUGUUUUUCUUUCUUAUCACGUGUUCAACAUACACAAUCUUAAGGGCCAGUCCAUACCUUUCUCCAAUGUAUACAACUUUUUUAGGAGACCUGUUUGACCAUGGCGAAGCCAAAGAAAUUCAAGGUCCGCGGAACGCUUGAUGGUGGAGUAAGCUGGCUUGUAGUACUAUCAUCAUUUCUACAGCAACUAGUGAUCAUGGGAGUUCACAAUGUAUUUGGCCUCCUUUACAUUGACCUUCUCGCCGAAUUCAAGCAAUCGAAAGCUGCAACCGCCUGGAUAGCUUCGUUGUCAUUCAGCCUCACAUUCAUGCUAGGACCGCUGACCACCUCCCUGUGCACCAAGUACGGAGUCCGAAGUGUCGCGGUGCUGGGAGCCAUUCUCUUCGCGUUAGGUCUCUUCUGUUCUUCGUUCGCCGGGAGUCUGUUCAAAAUGUACGUUACCUACUCGUUGCUGGUGGCGACCGGAAGCAGCUUCUGCUACUACGUGUCUAUCCUAGUCUUGGAUGAGUAUUUCUCCAAGAGACUGGUCGCGGCGAAUGGCAUUGCCUUGUCUGGAGCAGGAAUCGGCACCAUCGCCCUCACCCCCUUAGUCAGCUUCCUGCUGCAGAGAUACGAGUGGCGCAACACCAUGCGUGUACUGAGUGGUAUAUCGCUUGUUAUCUUGUUGGUGUGCGCUCUUAUGCUGUUUGCGGUACCGGCGCCAAUAAAGAUCAUUGACAGUCCAAGGUUCAACCCGCAGAAGAAGACGUUUGAUCUCGGCGUGUUUAAGAACAAGGCGUUUGUCGUAUGGGUUUUGGUUCAGUCACUAGUGCUGUUUGGAUUUUACAUACCAUAUGUUCAUUUGGUUCGGCACGGCCAAGAUCUUGACAUCCAUAAAAGCGCUGGUGGAAUUCUUGUGGGGUACAUGGCUAUCUCACAGACGAUAGGCAAGAUAUUUUUCGGUCGCAUCGCGGAUCAUCCUCGGAUUAAUCGAAUCUACCUUGAGCAGUUCUGUCUGCUCAUGUGUAGUGUCAUGACAACGCUGCUAACUAUCUUUUCGUCGUAUACGUCACUGGCCAUGUAUUGCUGGAUUUUCGGGUUUUUUGAUGGUGGAUUCGUAGUGAUGAUUGCUGUUUUAACUGGGGAUAUUGUUGGACGUGGGAACUUAGCUUCGGCGUUCGGUAUUAUGUACAUGAUCAGCGCUCUGCCCAUGAUGAUUGGACCUCCUGUCGCAGGCUGGAUGUACGAGAUAACACAAACCUAUGUCCCUGCAUUUUUCAUGGCUGGUGCAAUGACAAUAACAGGAGUUUGUUUGUUAUUUCUUAUUCCCAUUCUCCUACCACAACGAGUGCGAGAAGAAUGGGCUCUGCGCAAUGGUGCGUUUGAAAUAGUACCCGGCUCGUCCACUCCGUCCAGCAGCACUACAAAAGCGAGUUGGUCCAUCGCAGAGACAAAAAUCAGUGAACUUAGCGUCGACGUCGGUUCAGAGAAAACGGAGUCGCCAAUGACGAAGUCAGGGGCUCGUCGUGUUGUUUAUCAGAAAAAGAAAGCUGGAAAUACAGCGGGAAUGGAGUAUAUCCUUGAAAGAUAUUUUUCCAUGCCACAAGUGGUAACCCAACGAGAGUGUCUUCUUAGCAGGGUCUACUCAAAGGAAAACGUGUAUUUAAACGACCCGAAUCGGGAAACAAAUGUCUAAAAUGACGAUAGGCGAUUAUCGUCUAGCGAUGUAAGUCGUACAUGAAUUUGUAUGCCACCCAGGGAUGGCCCUGACGUUCUUAACGAGAAAAAAUUGCAUCAAAUCAAUAAAAGAGGGGCGGCAGAAAUUAUGCCAGCUCGAUCAACAUUGGAGGGAUCACGUGACGUUUUAGUCACAUGGUGUGUAGACGUUUUUUGAAAACCCUAGAAAAUGACAGUUAACAAAUGAAAAGACGAUAUUCUAUUUUAUUUAUUACCCAAAUUAUUUCAUAUAAGCGAAUAAUUUUUAAGCCAGUGCGGCCAGUAAUGGAAUCGCUGUGUCAUCAGAAAGCUCUGUAUUUGUAUAGUGAUUCCUUUACUUGUGUCCGGUGCAUUACCAUAAAGACCUUGUAUUGUUUGUCAAGUUUUUAGCGCUCUUGUCAGCCACAUCUUUUUUUUUUUUCAAUAUUUGAGGACAAAUAUUUGAGAGUGGUAAAGAUGCGAAAUAGUUUUACACACCCAGGCGGUUGAGCGAAGCUCUUUAAAAACAAUAAGGGAAGAAUAUGCAACAGAAGGAGGGACAGGAGAGUAGAAUGUUUUUUGCACGUGUGCUAAAGAUUGAUAUCUUAGGGAAUGUGCAAUAUGGUAAAUUAAUAGUAGACUAAUGACUGCUUUUAAUUGGAAUUGAUAAACCAACACAAGACGCUCACUAAAUGCUGUAUCAGCAUACGUGUACAGGAGAGUUUACAAUAUUUAUGAAAAGCC